CGGGCGGGGGGAGGGUGGGAGAGAGAGCAGGUGAGGCGCGGAGAGCGUGUCCUUCCCGCGGGGUUGGGCGGCGGCGAGUGUCUCCCUUCGGAGGGGCUGAAGCGAAGCGGCGCUCCUCAUCCGAAGAUUAACCAUGGAAAACAAAGAAGGCGGCAUUGAAGAUGCCGAGAUAAGGGGUUCACAUGGUGCAGAAAGUCCAUGUAAUGUUCAGCAACAAGCUGAUGAAGAACUUAUCUUUCAUGAAGAAACCAUUGAUCUUGGAGGGGAUGAGUUUGAGUCAGAAGAAAAUGAGACCCUUGUGGAAGAUUCCAGAAACUUCAUAGAUAAACUUAGUGAGCACAUGAUGGAGAGUGUCAUUAUAUCAGAUUCUCCAAAUAACAGUGAAGAUGAUGCUGGUGAUCUUGGUUGUCUGCAAGAAAUUGUACACCAAAUAGAAGCAAAAGAUAUUCAUACAAUAGAAGGAGAGGUAAGAGGUAAAGAUAUUGGUGAUGAAAGCAAAAUUGAACCCGAAGGUGCUACUAAAGAUAUUUCUGAUACUGAAACUGGUAAUCAGUUUUCCUUAAAAGAAGAACUGAAGCAGGAACCAGCACAAAAUGAAUUGGAAGUGGAAGGUGCCAACCUGCUUAACUCUGCUUCAGACAAGGAAUGCAAACCUAAGGAGGCAAUAUCUUCGCCACUAGCCAGCAAAUCGUCUGAUGACUCUGAGCCUAUUCCCGUGUGUACCAUUUUCAGCCAGGGGAAUCACAUGAAUAGCCAGCAACAGUCCCUGCAUGAUGGCUUUGAACCUCAAAUGGUGAAGUCACCCAGCUUGGGUGGUAUAAGUGAGACUCCAGUGAAAAUUCUUCCCCAGGUAGUUCAGCCUAGUCCAAGUCUGAGCAAAUUUUUUGGUGAAGUCAUGAAUACAAACACACUAGCCUCUGAUUUUUUUGAUUCAUUUACUACAUCCUCUUUUAUUUCUGUCAGCAAUCCCAAUGCAAGCUCAUCUGUACCAGAACAGAUGUCUUCUCUUGUAAACACUGGCGAGUUCCAUGAUUCUACAGACCAAAACUACUUUGUUAAAAAUGGAAGAUCUGAAGCUGGGAGAUCUGCAUCUUCUCCAGAAAUAUCACAGUCUCCAAAGCCAUUUUCCCAAAUACAUGCAGUUUUUCAAGGCAGUGAUGAUCCUUUUGCAUCUGUGCUAAAUAUGAGUGAACUGGACAGAAGAAAUGAUGCUUGGCUUCCCAGCGAUGGAACUAGAAAUGUGUUGAUAUCUGUCGCCACACAGCAAUAUAGUAAUGUUUUCAUAGACAAAGAGAAUCUCACAAUGCCUGGAUUAAAAUUUGACAACAUUCAGGGUGAUGCUGUUAAAGACCUAAUGCUCCGCUUCCUUGGUGAACAGGCUGCAGGGAAGAGACAAGUUCUGAAUGCGAACUCUGUGGAACAGUCUUUUGUGGGUUUGAAGCAGCUAAUAAGCAGCAAAAACUGGAGAGCAGCAGUUGACCUAUGUGGACGGCUUCUGACUGCUCAUGGUCAGGGAUAUGGCAAGAGUGGUCUACCCACAAGUCACACAACAGACUCUCUGCAGCUCUGGUUUGUAAGAUUAGCUCUCCUUGUGAAGUUGGGUCUGUUCCAAAAUGCUGAGAUGGAAUUUGAACCCUUUGGAAACCUAGACCAGCCUGAUCUAUAUUAUGAAUAUUAUCCUCACGUAUAUCCAGGACGUAAAGGUUCCAUGGUUCCAUUUUCUAUGCGGAUUUUGCACGCUGAACUUCAGCAGUAUCUAGGAAAUCCGCAGGAGUCACUCGAUAGAUUGCAUUGCAUGAAAACAGUCUGCACAAAGAUAUUAAACAACCUGGAACAUGGCUUGGCAGAAGAUGGAAGCAUGACUAACAUUACCCAGGAGAACAAACAAGCCUCCAUUCAGCUGUGGAGGUCACGUCUGGGCCGGGUGAUGUACUCCAUGGCAAACUGUCUGCUAAUGAUGAAGGACUAUAUGCUUGCUGUGGAGACAUAUCACACCGUCAUCAAAUAUUACCCAGAGCAAGAGCCUCAGCUGUUGAGUGGAAUUGGAAGGAUUUUCCUGCAGAUUGGAGACAUUAAAAUGGCUGAAAAGUAUUUUCAAGACGUUGAGAGAGUGGCUCAGAAAUCGGAGGGACUGCAGAACCAAAUAAUGGUUUUAAUGAACAGAGCAUUUCUCCAUCUUGGUCAGAAUAACUUUUCGGAGGCGCACAGAUUCUUCACAGAGAUUUUGAAGAUCCACCCCUCAAAUGCUGUGGCUAACAACAAUGCUGCUGUUUGUCUGCUUUAUCUGGGGAAACUGAAGGAUUCCCUCCGGCAGUUGGAAGGAAUGGUUCAGCAGGACCCUAAACACUACCUCCACGAGAGCGUGCUUUUCAAUUUGACAACUAUGUAUGAACUCGAGUCCUCGCGCAGCAUGCAAAAGAAGCAGGCACUGCUUGAGGCGGUGGCUGUCAAAGAGGGCGACAGCUUCAACACGCAGUGUCUCAAGUUAGGCUAAAGCCCGUCCUCUCCUAUGGUGGAAAAAUAUCUCAUUUCAGAAGUUGUAUAUACUCCAGCUCAUCUGUAAAUGUUCCUCUAGCAAGUGCAAUAAAAAGCUUUUUAAUUAUGAA